AUGCUGACCGGUCGCAGGUUGGAGAGGCUCCUGACAAAUUUGGUCUCCUUUGGCACAAAAUCCAAGCAAUACAGCAAUACUAGUGCCCAAAAGUUCUCAGGUACCCGGACAGUUGCUGGAGCCACUGCGGUCCCCGAGAUCGGGAGUUUCGGAGCCCCUGUGGGCGAUAUGAGGCUUCGGGGUCUGUGGCCUAUGAGGGUGAAGAGCGGGGCGGACGGCCGCCGUCCUGUUUGCAAACCUGGCUGCCAUGCAACGGCCGCGCGAUGCGCCUCGCGGAGGAAAAUACCACCUUCCACCGGCCCACCAUCCACCCUACCUGGCACUGUGCAUCACGCGCCUGGGCACCAAAAUGGCGGCAAUGCGACCAAUACCACGCAACAUAGCUUCGCCUGCCCGCAUGCGGAAACAACAGCUUGCUGA